AUGUCGAAAACCACGACUACUACGCUCCACACCCGCCACAGCCACCACACGCCACCGGUGGCCGAUGGAACGUGGGAGAUUAAAAUUUUUGUCGGUUAUCUUGACCUCCACGUGCCCCUGAGGGUCAGGGGUGACCUCACCAUCGGCGCCCUCAUGCUCAAGAUUGUCGAAGGGCUCGAACACCACAAAGAUUGGUCUGACAGCGCGCUCUGGUGGCCCUCGAAGAACAUGUGGCUACACAAAACUCGAUCCACUCUGGAUCAAUACGGGAUCCAAGCCGGAAGUGAACUCCACUUCGUUCCCAUGCACGGAUCAAUCAGCGUUGUCACUCCCGACCUGCAAGUUGUCUCCAUGAAUGUCAAUUUUUCUGAUAACGUCUUCAGUGUUGUUCUCAAGAUGUGCAGAGAGCUAGGGAUACGCCAUGCGGAAGAACUUUCUUUAUACCGACUCUUGGAGCCGGACGAUUUGAAGCGGAACCACGGCAUAUCGGCCCAUCGCCGCUCCAAACAGCCCACCUCACCCUACAGCCCUCAAACACCAAAUAGCGCCAGCAACGGCACAUCUCCGUUUUCUCCUAAUUUCAGAGGUUCCGGAGCCUCCCUCAUGAGAACAGGUAGUACCCCCCUCUCUCCAUACUCCCCCCUCUCCCCGUACUCCCUCCUCUCUCCCCACUCCCCUCUCCACACAUCCACCUCGGUGACGAAUCCCGGAUCUAUAAAUAGUUUGUUAUUUAGGUCAAGUCAUGACCUUGCCAGCAGUCCGUGGGUUUCCUACAGGGAAGCCUUCAACUUCUUGCUAAGACCGAAGGGUUACGCCGAGAAAGCUAGAUGCAAUGCUGGCUGGUUGGAUUCAUCGACGAGCCUGAUGGAGCAGGAAAUCUAUCCGAACUGCCUGGUCGGAAUGAAAUUCAAAUUUUUCAACAUCUACGACAUCAAUUCUAAAUUGGAUGGCACACGCAUCAACCAACUGUACGAGCAAGCUAAAUGGUCCAUUCUGACGGAAGAAGUUGAUUGCACGAGAGAAGAGGCCAUUUUGUUUGCCGGACUACAGGUUUUUCUACGUCAUCAUCAUCGUCGUCAUCAUCAUCAUCUUAAGAAUUGCAGCCAAUCAGAUUUGCCUUCUCCGACCAGUCACAGCCCUCCUCUUCCUCCGAAGCCGCUUCCACCGCCACGCCAAUCAAGUCACCAUCACGUGACGAAGGAGGAGGAGCUAAGUGGCUACCUCAAAUUUUAUAGGCCCAAGAAAUUCUUGCUGAAAAAUUACAAGAGGUAUUACUUCAUCUUCAAAAAUUUGAGCCUCACUAUGUUCAAGUACCCAUCUGACACCCAACCCUUGCUACUGAUCAAUUUGAAAGGCUACUCAGUGUCCACGGAGAUUCUGCUGUCCAGUCAGAAGUACGUGAUCAAGUUGAGGCUUCCCUCACUCAGAGGCUCUGCUGCCGAGGAGAUGUGGCUCAAGAUGGACUGCGCAAGUUUUGUUGUUGCCAUCGCUAGUGCUUGUCGAUUGAGUGGUGGAUUUGUCGAUCUAUCAACCAUCCUAUCAACCAGCCAUCCAAUCAAUCAACCAAUCGUUCAACAAACCAUCCAAUCAUUCAGUCAACCAACCAUUCCACCAACUAACCAGCCAAUCAACCAACCAACCUUGCAGCUGUUGCAGAGAAUCAUUGAAACGCAAGAAAACUUCCAGCAUGUCAGCCCACUGGACUGCAAACUGACCUACAUAAAAGCCUGGCAGUCCCUGCCAGAUUAUGGACACACUUACUUCAUCAUCAAGGUCAAAGGCAACAAAAAAGAGGACAUUUUGUCAGUGACGCCGACGAAAAUAAUUUUGAAUGACAUGAACAGCGGCGAAGUCAUCAACCAAUGGCGCUAUCAGGUCUUGAAAUCCUGGUCCGUUAAUUGGGAAGCUAAACAAGUCCAGUUGUACUUUGAGGACGGCGAUUUGAUAUUCCAAUGUUACACCGCUGACUGCAAAGUUGUGCACGAGUUCAUCGGCGGUUACAUCUUCCUCUCCAUGAGGAGCUUCAACUGCCAGCAGAAACCUGACGAGGAACUCUUCCAUCGAUUGACUGGCGGCUGGCUCUGAUCGCAUGCAUGCAUGCAUGCAUGCAUGAUCCAAGGUCCUGGUGAAUGAAUGAAUGAGUGAUUGAAUAGAAGAGAACAAAACUUCCAAUUGUUUCAUUGCGCGAUUAGUCAUUUCAACCCUUCAAAAUUGUGAACUUGCGUGAACUUCAUCAGCGUAAAUAGAACGUGAGAAAUUAAUUGCUUUGAAGAGUUGAUCGAUCGUUCCACUCGCUGCAUUAUUUGUCCUUAUAUAUCUUUCAGACAUUUUGACGAAUUUCUAACAAAUACGAUAUACCAAUAAAAUUUCUUCCCAUAUUUGGUAAAUAUUCCAACAUAUGUACGUUUUAUUUUAUGUCAUUUCACUUUCAAUUCAGCUGAGGUGACUUGUAUACACACACACACACACACACGUCCAUGCCGUGUUUAUUUCCGCGCAAUGCGCACAUGCAUCACAAUUAAAACAUUACAUACCAACUCUUUCCUUACUUCUUCGUGUAUUUACGUAUCAAUUACUUUUUUAUUAUUAAAAUACAUUUUUUAUUAUUCCCAUUUUACUUUCGGUUUCUUAAUAAAUUUUAUUAUUGAAUAAUAAUCUUAUUAUGUAAUUAAUAUUAAUUAUUAUUAUAGCCUGCAUUUUGUUCCAACUUUCAGUUGAAGGUACGUCGCAAUGCGCAAGAAAUAUUUUUCUAUAGAUAUUUUUGGUUUUUCUUAUUUUGUUUUUUCAGUUAAUCAAUAAAAAUAAACUAAAUAAAUGAACAAAA